AUGGAGGCAAACAGGAAAAAUCACUCACAAGCACAAGGCUCGCGUGACGCGUCGCAGAAGAACGACGCCUCACCCUCGACUCCUACUACGGGAGCAAACAAUACGGGUACCAGGCGAUCAGGCUCCGGUUCGCAUAACCACAAGAACGAGGCCGUCGAGGCGCUCAGAGGGCCGGAUGCCUACAAAUAUAUCGGAGUCCAGGUGCACAUCGAGCUUACUACCGGUGAGCACAUCAAGGGGGAGCUUUACUGCGCUGAUCUCCAGCGCAGUCCUACAAUUAUCAUAAGUGAGUUUAGGCCGUACGGUUGUGACGCGGCUGCAGAGGGGAAUAACGAGCGAAACGGCCACCCAUUGUACAUCGUGCACGCGCAGUCCAUCGCACGGUUCGAGGCGCUGGGCCCGCUCAACUCAAGCAUCGACGACAUUCCGCGCAUAUCACCUGAACAGCUGGCCGAAGCCAAAGCUACAAUCGCGCGGUUCGACGAGGAGGUCACACCCAAAAAGGGGCAGCACGAAGGACAACAGAGAAGCAACUACAACAAGAAGUGGUACCCGCGAUCAUCUGGGCAAAACUCAGGCCAGGGGUCGAACGCAGACAACAACAACAAUCAGGGCCAAGGUAACCGCGCGAACGCUGGGUACGCAGCCUCCGGCAAUUCGGAAGGCGGCCGCAGAUCUGCUAGUUGA